AUGGAAUUACCGGGAUGGAAAGCUGCGUUGACCAUGUCUCAGCGCUAUGAGACGAUUCAAAAAAUACAAGCCUCCCUUGCUACCACUAGCAUGAGUGAGGCCAUCGCCAUAGAACAGGCCGCCUACCAAAUCGCUUCUACUCAGGACGAGUACAAUCUCGCCUGUCAGCCAACCUCGACACCAACGCCUUUGCCUCCUCAGGAUGAAGAGGAGGGUGACUCUAGGAUACGCAUUGGGCCGUAUGGGAACUGUAGACCUGUCUCGGAUGGUGUAACCUCAGAGGUCUUUCGUUCCGGUGAUAAGGCGCUUAAAGUCAUCGUGACUUAUCAAGAUAUCGAGCCGCAUAAUCCGCAGAGGGAGGCAAAGAUACUCAAGGGUUUGAGAGAACCGUGUAUUCCUCUCCUCGAGACGUUUCGCGAUCAGGAGCAGCGAUUUGUGCUGGUAUUUCCGUUCAUGCCAUGUACUCUGGCAGACCUUCUCGCCAAUGGUCCUUUACCGCUUGAUGCUGUCCGGUCUAUCUUCCGAGAUGUCUUGCACGCCCUGAAAGACAUACAUGCACAAGGCAUCAUCCACCGCGAUAUCAAACCAUCUGCAAUCCUCCUCUCAUCCCCAACUGGUCCAGCGUAUCUCUCCGACUUUGGUACAGCAUGGCAUCCCGAGCUAUCAACCCGAUCAGAACCAGCAGACGAUAAGAUCCUCGACAUCGGAACAGGUCCUUACCGCGCGAUAGAAGUUCUCUUCGGGCAUAAAUCCUACGGACCAGAGGUUGAUAUGUGGGGGUUAGGGGUCAUGCUUUCAGAAGCGCUCCGCGAUCCUCCAACCCCUAUAUUCGAGUCUCGCGCUGUCCAUGAGGAUGGUAAUCAGCUUGGUCUUAUCCUCAGCGUCUUCAAGACCAUUGGUACACCCACGCCUGAGACAUGGCCCGAGGCAAAACAAUUCAAGGUCGCACCUUUCGAGCUCUGGACUGUCUUCCCCGCUCGUCCGUGGGAAGACCUUCUUCCUCAUGUAGAUCCUGACUUCAUCGACCUCGUGUCAUCGCUCCUUCGCUACGACAAUAACAACAAGUUCAUACCCUCCGAGGUCGACAAGUUCAAGAACCCUCCUAAGCGCGAUAGUGCCGGGAAUGACAAGGCUGGAAGCUCUGAAAAUGACGAAAACUCCUCCGACAAGAAGGACGACAAGCAGAGUGGGUUUGUGGAGAACAAGGAAGAUGGUGGUGCAAAGCUUGUUGAAGAGAGCGAGGACAACGAGGAGGGCGGUGCCAAGCUCGAUGACAACGAAGAUGGCGGUGCAAAGCUUGUUGAGGAGAGCGAGGAGAGUGAGGACAGCGAGGACAGCAAGGACAGCGAGGACAGCGAUGACAGCGAUGACAACGAAAAUGGCAGUGCCAAGGUGUAG